CUGCGGCGGCGCGCAGCCCUCGCUCGCCGACUUCCAGCCGCCGUAUUUCCCGCCGCCGUUCGCGCCGGCACCGCACCCGGCGAGCCCGCACCAUCAACAACAGAGCCAUGGCAUGGAAUACGGCGGCGGCGGCGGCGGCGGCGCGGAGUACGCGCAGCACUACGCGCCGCAGCAGCUGCUGCCGCGGCACCACGGGCACCACGAGCCGCACCAUUUGCGCCACCACCGCGACCACCACGACCCCAUCCAUGCGCACCACUUAUCGCACGGAGGGUUCAGCUACGGCGGCGGCGAGCGACGAGCGGAUUACGGUGCGAGGGAGCAACACGAGCUGGCGUUACACCACGCGCUACAUUCCGCCGAAGAAGCGCCGAAUGCGGCGAUGGAUGACACUACAGGGUUCAUGACGGAUCUCCCUCUACUUAAAACAAUGAAAGGGCGCGACGGCCUCGGCGGCUCGGGCUCUUGCGCGCCAAACGACGUGUUCUGCUCAGUACCGGGCCGACUGUCGCUGCUGUCAUCCACCAGCAAGUACAAGGUCACCGUGGCGGAGGUGCAGCGCCGGCUGUCGCCGCCGGAGUGCCUCAACGCUUCGCUGUUAGGCGGCGUGCUGCGGAGAGCAAAAAGUAAAAAUGGCGGGCGCCUUCUCCGCGAGAAGCUGGAGAAGAUUGGGCUGAACCUGCCGGCUGGGCGGCGGAAAGCCGCUAACGUCACGCUGCUCACUUCUCUAGUCGAAGCGGAAGCAGUGCACCUAGCACGUGACUUCGGCUACGUGUGCGAGACGGAGUUUCCCGCGCGUGCGCUGGCCGAGUACCUCGCGCGACAGUACGCGGAGCACGACGCGCGUCGCCGCAGGGACUUGCUGCAGGCUACCAAACAGGUGACGAAGGAGCUAAUGGACCUGCUGAACCAAGACCGGUCGCCGCUGUGCAACACGCGGCCGCCUCACCUGCUGGAACCCGCCAUCCAGAGGCACCUCACGCACUUCUCGCUCAUCUCGCACGGGUUCGGUGGCCCGGCCAUCGUAGCUGCACUCACUGCGAUACAAAAUUUCCUCAACGAGUCCUUGAAGCAUUUAGACAAAUUAUAUCCCCAAAGCGGCAUGGUGUCUUCGUCUAUGGACAAAACAAAAAUGGACCCUGACAUUAAGAAGUAACAAAAGUAUCACGACGUUUUCGUCGGAUUAUUCUCAACGCGCACACUCAAGACGAGCCAGUCGGGCUAUACGGGACUUAUGAUACUUUUUACCACUAGCAAGACCUUAAUGUUGCCUGUAGAAAAAAGUAUCAAAACUUUUUAAUAUCCUAAAAUUCUAAACUGCCAUUGACAGGUAUAGCGUGAGAUUGCGUAUUUAUUUUUAUGAACGUCUGUGGUGACCCGCAUACAAAUAAAGUGCAAUUAUAAUACUCAAGAUUGUGAAAAAGUGUACAUAUAGAUAGCGUAUGAACUGUAGUAUUAAUUAAGCAUUUAUAGUGUACUUAACGUAAUUUUGAUUGCUCGUUGACUAAGGUUACAAAAUGUUUUUUUUACAUGGAUUAUGAAUAGAUUUUCACGGCAUCCACCGCAAUAAGAAAACAUAUCAAAAUGUUAAUUGUAAAUAAACUAGAAUAUUUGAAUGAAUUUACAUUUUUCACGAAUAACAAGAAUAAAUAAAAUUGGUAGUAUAUUUUGGUGAACAUAGUUUUUUUUUAUAUGACUGAGCUCACUAUAAAGGGUUUCAAAACCUUUUUAUUUUAUUAUUGCUUCUAAAAAGUUACUCUUUGAUUAAUAAAUUUUACCAAGAGGUUUUAAUUUAAUUUUAAUAUAAUGUAAGCAGUUGAAUUACAAAGAUCAGUGCCAUUUUAAUUCGCACAGAGUCGUAAGUACUCCUAUUUUGUUCCUUUGUUAUGUACGGAUCAAAAAAUUAUUUGUAUGAUGUCUGGUGACCAUAGUAAUUAUCAUUCCGUUUAUAGUGAGCUUCAUUUAUUAAAUAUAAACAGUAUUGUCUUAAACAUUCCUUAACAAAACGAAUCUCCUUAGUUGUUAAUUUAAAUUAGACAUAGUUUUUGCUAGUGAAUCAAUGUGAAAGUGUGCCAAUUAGUUCGUUAUUGGAAUUUGUAAAAUAUUCCAGUAAAUAGGUAUUUAAUAUUUAUUAUCAUUGUGUCUUUGUACAUAUAAAUUGCUGUUACCUUGCCUAAAACUUAUUUUUGCUAAAGUACAACCUUUCUAAAUUGAAUUGAAUUCUUAUACAUUGUACGUGGUGUGUUAAAUUUUAAAAAAAUCACUGAUUGUUUUUCGUUCGUAACCUUUUUUACUUUAUAAAGAACCCAAAUACAUUAUAAGCCAGACAUAUCCACUACGAGUGGUAACUGAGGUAGAAUGUCUUCGCCCAGAGUUUAUUAAAAUUAUUUUAUUUAAAAGUUAACUCGUUUACUUUUUGCAUAAUUCAUUUUUUUAUUGAAAAGAGGAAAAGGACUAUUAUUGAUUGAAUUAGUUUUUUCUGUCUCCAACUUAUUUGUUUGCCAUAAAAUAUAUUUAUAACAUUUUAUUUUAAUAAUUUCCGUGUGAUAUUUAUUUUUUAUUAUAAAUCGAAUUAGUUAGUUUAAGAGAACCUUGUCUACUUUAUGAUGUAACGACAUUGACCACACAUAAAUAUUUUUUAAAGUACAACUCGUAUAAAUGUGCCAAAUUUAUAAGAUGUCAUAAUUUUUACCCAUUUGAAGAAAAAGUUGUUUUUUUCUUUUAUAAAACUGCAGCAAAACGUUAAUUUUGUAUUAUAGUAAAAACUUACAUAGUGUAUAAGUUCUCUUGUAUUAUUUAAUAAAGAAAAAUACUUUGAUAAUCUACACUGUAUGUUGAUUACCUCAUUGUCGUAAGAUCUAAUUUAGGAUUUUAAGUAUUGGCACAUAAAAAAUAAAGGCAGCUCUGUAGAUAAUAAACGACGAAUGUAAUUAUGUUCUGUUUGUUUAAAACCAUUUUGUUAUAUCAAGAACAUGUUGAAAUGAAGUUGUGACACGUCAGAGACUCGCUAUAUAACGUGAAGAUAAAGGUACGGACGUUGGCACAUUAAACUAAACAUUGUAGCUCCUUAGCAAAAAUGUAUAAUCUAAUGUGUUGGCGACUGUAUAGCCGGCAUUUGUUUUUUUUAGGACUCUGUCACACCAUCUCGAAACGAUGAAGAUUCAGAAGUUAAACCACGUUAUCUAGUGGGUCAGACAGCGACAAACACCAAAAUUGUAUAUUCAAAAA